CGCCUUCGCCCGUUUCCGGUCGUCGUCGUCGCCGCUUCCUCCGCUGCUGCUCCUGCUGCUGCUGCUGCUGAGACUGCGGGCGGAGGCCGGAGAGUCGGGCGGCGGCGGCGGCGGCGGCGGCGGCUGAGAGGGCGGCGGCGGGAGCGGAGCGGGACGAGGGAGCGAGAGGAAGCGAACCAGGAGCGAGCGGAGCGCGUCCAGCCCCGCCCGCUCUUCCGCUCGCCAGAGGAACCGGAGCAGCCCGGGCCGCCCAGCCGCCGCCGCCCGCGGGACAAAGCCCAAGAGCCCGCGCCCAGAGCCAUGUCCUCGUCCGCCGGCAGCGGCCACCAGCCCAGCCAGAGCCGCGCCAUCCCCACCCGCACCGUGCCCAUCAGCGACGCCGCGCAGCUACCUCAUGACUAUUGCACCACGCCCGGGGGGACGCUCUUCUCCACCACUCCGGGAGGAACCCGAAUCAUUUAUGAUCGAAAGUUUCUGUUGGAUCGUCGUAAUUCUCCCAUGGCUCAGACCCCACCCUGCCACCUGCCCAAUAUCCCAGGAGUCACCAGUCCUGGCACCUUAAUUGAAGACUCCAAAGUAGAAGUAAACAAUCUGAAUAACUUGAACAAUCAUGACAGGAAGCACACAGUGGGGGACGAUGCUCAGUUUGAGAUGGACAUCUGACUGUCCUUGUCCUGUGAGGGUCUGAAGAAAAGCCGUGACACCAGUGCCUGCGUGUAGCUGAUUUCCCGGACAGGACGCACAACAGAGAACAGCAGUCCCAGCAGUCCCCACUGCGGCCUCCACUUGCUCUUCCUCAGUGCCAAAUGACGCAAAGAUGAGCUUCAUUCAGCCAGUUCCUCUCCCUGCUUCUUUCCCUUCCUAGCUAGACAGAUUAGAUUGACAGUCCUUGGCAUAUUUCUGUAGAACCAAGCAGUCCACAGAGGAAAGUAGUUAAAUUCUUGACUUCCCUAAUCAUUUUUUCUGUUGAGAAAGAUAACUACACCACUAGCACCAACUUUUUUUCCCCCCCAAUUCUAAAAUGAAUAAUGACCUACCAUCACUGCCUGGAUGGGAGGUGUGGGGAAGUGGUAGAUUCAGCAUUCACAUUCUACCCCCUCUCUCCUCCUUAUCUCCCAGCAAGAAUCUGGUUCUGGGGUCUCCAGAACCAUCAGAGGUACACGUAAACAAAAAGAGAAAGCCUUUUGCUUUUACCUUGGGGUCUUCGCCCUUGGAGAUGGAGCAGGGUCUGUGCAGCUUUGCUAGCAUUUCUUUGCUCCCUGCUUCCUCUCUGCCUCUGGGAAGAAUGUCUUCUGUCUUUGGUAUUGUAAUUUACCUUCUCAUUCCUUUUACCGAGUCCAUUCAUACAAUUUUUUUUUUUCUUUAAUUUUGUAUCAGAAGGGCGCCCUCCAUAACCAGCUAUUCCUUCCUCUUCUGCCUGCACCUGGUUGCUUACAGUCCUCUUGGACUCUGGGCUAUCCAGAUGACUUCAUCUGCUUCUGGAGCAGGUCCACACCAAUGAUAGAAGCCCUUUGGGUAGGACCUGAUCACAUAGUAUUCUAUGGGGUGGUCCCCAGCAUGGCCCCAGAAGAGCGUUGAGCCAUUCGAGUACCCCUUCUUCACAGAAUGAGUCUUCAGUCCAGUGAUCACUGUUUUUUUUGUUGUUGUUUUUUCUUCCUUUUGUGGACCUGCUUUGUUUGGCUACUGAGGUAGACAAGCAUGGGCUAAAAGCGCGUUUCUCCCAGUUUUCUUGCCUUUCUCAGACUACACUGAGUAUUCCCUUUCCUUCCCUCUCUCCUUUUCCUUCUCUUCCCUUUUUCUCUGCCAGGACAUUUUUCAUACAUACAUCAGCGAUAACCUCAAGUUUUGGUAUCUGGUGAUACAGUCACUUUUAUCUGCAGAGUGACCUUUUAUUUUUAAGAUGACUACAGACCUAUUUUUAGAUAUGUUUUCAGUACAAUUUUUGAACAGCAACUUUCAAAAAGUACGCAUCUUCCAGUGUUAGGAAGGUGAACAGUGUCUCUAGGCGAGUCUGCUGUUUGACGUGACUAUGCUCUGUCUUCCCCGGUUCCUUGUGAGCACUUUCCUUUCCCCUCUUGUUUUGGGUGUGCAUGUAUGGAGUUGGUAGCGGGUGGUUUAUACAGCUGGAGCAUUCUGCUUUGCCACGGGUCUUUCAGGAAAGCUCUGUUCUUUCCCCUCAUUCUCUUUCACCCCUCCCCAACUCUCCUGUGACUAUUGACUGACACCCCUCUUAGGCUCAUGUCUCCACCCCCUUACAGAAAGACCAGUAAAAAUAGCCACUAGUUCACCAAGAAUUUCUGGUUGGAAUUGGUGCCCUGAACCCUUUUAUAGGAGAUCACAUCUAAGGACGAGAGUAAUAGGGCAGCUUCUCAGCAGUCGGCUGAGAAAGCCUUUUUUUUUUCUUCCUUUCUUUCUUUUGGACUCUGGGGGUGGGGGGGAACUUUCUGCAAAGAAAACAAAAGGAGGAAUGAUGCCUGAGGAACUUUGUUCUGUUUUUCUGCUAUAAAAUGUGAAUAGUUCAUGAUUGAGUCCUUUUGUGAUGGUUGCUAUCUCAGGAAUAAUCUCCAAUGUCUUGGGGAUGCCUUUGUCUCCAAAACUGAUGAUCAGAAAGGUGUUCUUUGUUUAAUGUAUCCUGUGUGCGAUUUUCAUUAAAGUCCAACUUUUGCUUCACAGA